GAUCACAGCAUGGGUCGAGAGCUUCUGGGUGGACUGGAGAUCAGCCAAGCAACUGUUCAUGAGCACGGCGGAGUGGGUGGAUGCGGGCCUGCGGAUUGUAUCUCUCAAGUUGGACUCCUUCUCACGUAUCUCAGCCUUUCUUGGUAACAAAGAGGAAAAGAAAUUACGUAUGCGGGUGGAGGAGGCGGAAGGCAAACUGGGGGAUAACCUCAUCUCAGACCUCUGUUGGUCAGAAAAGAGGACGCGCAGACUGCAGGAGUGGGAGGAGUUCCAAAUCAAGAAGGAGGAACGGAGGGCGAAGAUUUUGGAAGUAAAAGGGAUUGUUACGUCAGAUCGACUCUCGAAAGAAGCUUUCAAACGUCUGUUGCCACGAAACACAGCGGUUAGGAUGAGAGAACUAAAGCACCCGUACCUCUUGGGGAAACCAACUGCAGUGGAUAAUAAAGAAAUGUGCUCGUACGCAGUGGAUUAUUUUCAGGAUAUCUUGACGACAAGAAGACCUUACGACAGCCUGGAUGACAACAUGGCAGAGGAGUCCCCUGUGUGGAAUAACCUGGAUUGCAGUCUACCUCUUGAGGGGAGGCUGUUGAUGGAUAGGCCGACCACGGAGGAGGAACUCACUGUUACCCUCAAGUGUAUGGCCCGAGGUAAAGCGCCGGGGGAUGAUGGGUUGCCGGUUGAAUUUUUUGCGGCAUGUUGGGAGGUGCUGGUUGGGGACUUAGUGUCAUUGUUUAACGAGAUUCGGGACGGAGGGAGGCUCGGCAAGACCAUGACAAGGGGGAUCAUUUCCUUGCUGUUUAAGAAGGGGGACAGAAGCGACACAAGGAAUUGGAGACCCAUUUCGCUGCUGAACGUGGUGUACAAACUGCUGGCCAAGCUUUUGGCCAACAGACUGGGACACUACUCACCAGGCUUGGUACAGCGAGACCAGGGCGCAUUUGUAAGGGGCCGAUCCAUUUUUGAGAAUGUUGUGACAGCAAUAGAGGCUUUGGAGCUCAUCGAGAGGGAUGAAUUGGACGUGACAGUGUUGUUUUUUGGACCUGGAAAAGGCUUACGACAGGGUUAAUUGGACGUUCGUACUUACCACCCUGCGGGUUAUGGGAUUUGGUGAGUCCUUUUGUAGGUGGGUUAAGGUUAUGUACGGUAACGCAACGG